AGGGGGUCGGGGCAGGUCGGUGUGGAGAUGAAGCUCAAACAGCGCAUGGUGGUGCUGUGUGCCGUGCUCCUCCUGCUGGGCCUGGCCAAGAUCUUCCUGCUGGAUGGAGGCGAGGGCUCUGCAGCCAGCCGACGGGAUCUCAGAGCGUUUCGCAAGAUGGAAGCUGGCCUUUCUCUGUCCCGGGGAGCUCGCCUCACCCACACCCUCCAGUCUCCGUGGGAGAUAGCGAGCCAGUGGGUCGGGCCGAGAGAAGUGUACCCUGAGGAGACCCCGGAGCUGGCUGCUGUGCUCACCUCCCUCAGCACUGCCAGGAUAGAGCGGGCGGAUGUCGGCUAUAAGGGCACGCAGCUCAAAGCCCUGCUGGUGCUGGACGGGGGACAGAAAGUGGUCUUCAAACCCAAAAGAUAUAACAGAGACUACGUGGUCGAAGGCGAGCCGUACGCGGGCUAUGAUAGACACAAUGCAGAGGUGGCUGCUUUUCACCUGGACAGGAUCCUGGGUUUCAGGAGAGCGCCUCUCGUGGUCGGGAGAUACGUCAACUUGCGAACGGAGAUCAAACCUGUGGCCACAGACCAGCUUCUGAGCACCUUCCUCAUGCAGGGUAAUAAUACAUGUUUCUAUGGAAAGUGUUAUUACUGUCGGGAGAGCGAGCCAGCGUGUGCGGAGGGAGAGAUCAUGGAGGGAUCGUUAACCCUUUGGCUUCCAGACGUCUGGCCGUUGCAGAAACACCGACACCCCUGGGGACGCACAUACAGAGAGGGAAAACUGGCCAGGUGGGAGUAUGAUGAGAGUUACUGCGAGGCGGUGAAGAAAAUGCCUCCAUACGAUGCAGGACCGAGGCUGCUCGACGUCAUCGACACGGCCAUAUUUGAUUAUCUCAUUGGGAACGCUGAUCGUCAUCACUAUGAGAGUUUCCAGGAUGACGGCGGCGCCAGCAUGCUCAUCCUUCUCGACAACGCAAAGAGCUUUGGGAACGCAGCUCUGGAUGAGCGAAGUAUCCUCGCACCUCUCUAUCAGUGCUGCAUGGUUCGUGUGUCCACGUGGAACAGGUUAAACCUGCUGCGAAAUGGAGCUUUGAGUUCAGCGAUGCGGCAGGCUCUGGCGUUCGACCCCAUCCACCCGGUCCUGGCUGAGCCACACCUCGCAGCCCUGGACAGGCGUCUAUCUGGAAUCAUAGCAACUGUCAAACAGUGUAUGGAAGCACAGGGCCCCGACAACACUCUGAUAGAGGACCGAAUGAACCUCCCACACCCUUAGAGACAAAGGACAGGAGAAAUCAGCAGGAAAGGAGCAGCCAGGACUGAAUUCAGGAGCCCGGAGAAGAGGAGCCGGUCCUGGUGUUAAAGAGAUGCAGAGUGAGUAAGUGGAUUGACGGGGUGGAACAACGACUGUGAAUUUCUUCCUCUCUGGUUCUUUUUCUUCUUUGUCACUCUGAUGAGGCGGGGGUGGUGGAUUCAAAGUGGUGCCAUCUUCGACCACAGAAAACUUUUUUUCUCAGGACUGUUGUACACUAUAGGACGGUAUCUACUGUAAGAACCUCUCUCUCUACUACUCCUGGUUGUGACGACGCUCCGAACUUGUGCCAAAUUCUCCCUCCCAGUCCAGCUUUUCCUCGAGACUUGACCAAGGAGAAAAGAUGGAGCUCGGAGGGACGUAGACACUCGAGGGGGCAGGAGGGACGGUGAAAAUGAGCCACCAAUGUCUCGAUGAAAAACACUGUACAGCCGUGUUUUAGGCUGUUUGGAGCUUACGAUCCUGUUUAACAGGAAAUUAAAUCAAUUUUAGAAUUGAAGGGGGUUUUUUUUUUCUCGAACAGAAAUUGAAAUUUUAUUUGAGGGAAAAGAGAAUUAACUCGGCCGCCCUUCCUUAAUUAUUGUGUACAUAUUUAACUAAGUAGUGACA